CCUUAGCCAAACAAUUUAGGCCACCGGAGAAGAGGAUAUUCUCUCUCUCUACACUCUCUUCGUUAUCACUCUAGACUCGACACUUUUGCCUUAGCCAAUCAAUCACAUAUCCUAUUUAUGCCGGAAUUGAGGUUAAAUUAUGAAACUUUGAUGUUCUAUCAGCUUCCUAUCAAGAACCAUUACCAAAAUUCGCAAGACGAGUGACAAAUUGAGCUGGAAUUGAUGGGUACGCUUACAAGCUCUACUUUAAGUGCUGUUAAUUUGAAACUCUACAGGAGACCGGUUGGAAUUUCUCUAAGGGAAAGAAUCCAAGUUUUGGAGCAAAACAAUCGAUGUUUUCUUUGCCGGGAGGUAGAAAAGAAGCUACAGAUUUCGUAUAGUAGAUUUGCUGCUAGGUUUAGAUGUUUCAGUGCUCUUAACAAUGGUGAUACUGGUGGUGAUGGUAACGACAAUAAUGUGUCGAAAGAUUCAAAUUUGUCUACAGCACCACCUGAAGAUGAGGUUGAUGCGAAAAUAAAAAGCAGGGACUUGGACACACAGAAGUCGUCAGUAUCUGUUUCUUCGAGGCCACCAUCAGUAUCGCCUGUUGGACCAGGUUAUAACAAUUUCCAAGUUGAUUCUUUUAAGCUUAUGGAACUCCUUGGACCAGAGAAGGUUGAUCCUGCUGAUGUGAAACUUAUUAAAGAAAAACUUUUCGGAUAUUCCACCUUCUGGGUGACGAAAGAAGAACCAUUUGGAGACUUUGGUGAGGGCAUUCUUUUCAUUGGAAAUCUUAGGGGGGAAAGAGAGGAUGUUUUUGCCAAAUUACAGAGUCAGUUGGCAGAACUUGUGAGUGAUAAGUACAAUCUGUUUAUGGUAGAGGAACCCAUUUCAGAUUCCCUAGAUCCACGUGGUGGGCCCCGUGUUAGUUUUGGCAUGUUACGAAAGGAUGUUUCUGAACCAGGACCGACAACCCUUUGGCAAUAUGUGAUUGCUCUUUUGUUGUUUCUUCUGACGGUUGGGUCAUCUGUUGAAUUAGGAAUUGCAUCUCAGAUAAAUAGGCUUCCACCAGAAGUAGUUAAGUACUUCACAGAUCCAAAUGCUAUUGAUCCACCUGAUGUGCAGCUUCUGUACCCUUUUGUGGAGUCUGCUCUUCCCCUAGCCUAUGGUGUGCUUGGGAUCCAGAUAUUUCAUGAAGUUGGGCAUUUUCUAGCUGCUUUUCCUAAGAAAGUAAAACUAAGCAUUCCAUACUUCAUUCCCAACAUUACACUUGGAAGCUUUGGUGCAAUUACUCAGUUCAAAUCCAUCCUCCCUGAUAGGAAGACCCAAGUGGAUAUUUCACUUGCUGGUCCAUUCGCUGGUGCUGUAUUAUCUUUUACCAUGUUUGCUGUGGGUUUGCUACUUUCAUCAAAUCCAGAUGCAUCAGCAGAUUUGGUUCAGGUUCCUAGCAUGUUAUUCCAAGGCUCAUUGUUUAUGGGACUCAUAAGCAGGGCUACUCUGGGAUAUGCAACAAUGCAUUCAGCGACAGUUUCAAUUCAUCCCCUUGUUAUUGCUGGCUGGUGUGGCUUAACUACUACAGCUUUUAAUAUGCUUCCUGUUGGAUGUCUGGAUGGAGGAAGAGCAAUACAGGGUGCCUUUGGUAAAAGUGCCUUGACUGGAUUUGGGUUGACAACUUACACUUUGCUCGGACUAGGGGUGCUGGGUGGGCCUUUAUCACUUCCAUGGGGUCUGUAUGUUUUGUUAUGCCAGAGAACACCAGAAAAGCCAUGUUUGAAUGAUGUGACAGAGGUUGGAACAUGGAGAAAAGCAUUUAUUGUAUUGGCUAUUACUCUUGUUGUGUUAACGCUUCUACCUGUAUGGGAUGAACUUGCAGAGGAGCUUGGUAUAGGACUAGUUACUACAUUUUGAUAUAAUGACAAUUCCAUUUUGAUGCUAAUUCAAAUAAGAGAAUUGAUAGUAUGAUUGAUUAUAUUGCACAAGAUUUAUAAUAAAGUAGUUCGUUAUCCUUUU